UUCCUCUCCUGAGCCCCAGCUCUGUGCCAAGGCCCUCCCCAAACUGGCGAGGGCCAAGGUUCACCUGGGUGGCUGUCAGUUCUCAGACAAGGAAAUCAAGAGCAAGACAAGCUAAACCGAAAUCAAGUCACAGAACCUGGUGGGGGGCUCAGCGCCCCUGGCUGCACUGUCUCCCGGAUCUAAGAUUUUUUUGGAUGAUCAUAUUCUAGGGCCUGGAGCUGUACCUAAGGCUAACAUAGUUCGAAACUCAGAUCUGUUACUUGCUUAGCUGAGCGAUCGUAGGUAUCCGGGGCCAGGAUGGAGAACACUUCUCUCGUCUACGAGUAUGGGCACUACGGCGAUGCUUUGGAUUUCCCUGUGGACUGCGAUGACGGCACCUGUGUCUCCGUGGAGCCGCUCCGCGUGGCCUCCCUCUUGCUGUACGCCGCAGUCUUCCUGGUCGGGGUGCCGGGCAACGCCGUGCUGGCCUGGGUGACCUGGAAGGAGGCCCGGCAGAGGGUGGGCGCCACCUGGUUCCUUCACCUGGCCGUGGCGGAUCUGCUCUGCUGUGUGUCCCUGCCGGUCCUGUCCGUGCCCCUCGCCCAGGGAGGCCAGUGGCCCUACGGGGCAGUGGGCUGCCGGGCCCUGCCCUCAGUCAUCCUGCUGUCCAUGUACACCAGUGUCCUGCUCCUGGCUGCCCUCAGCGCGGACCUCUGCCUGCUGGCCCUCAGGCCCACCAGCUGGGCUGUGGCCCAGAGGGCGUGCCGGGUGCAGGUGGCCUGUGCGGCGGCCUGGUCCUUGGCCUUGCUGCUGACCGUGCCCUCAGCCGUGCACCGCCGCCUGCACCAGGAGUUUUUCCCGCCCCGGCUGGAGUGCGUGGUGGACUAUGGCGGCUCGGCCACGGCUGAGAUCACCGUGACCACCGCCCGGUUUAUUUUUGGCUUCCUGGGGCCGCUGGUGGUCGUGGCCGGCUGCCACAGUGCCCUCCUGUGCCGUGCAGCCCCGCGCUGCUGGCCACUGGUCACGGCCGUUGUGGUGGGCUUUUUUGUCUGCUGGGCCCCCUACCACAUUCUGAGGCUGGUACUCACCGCGGCGGCUCCACACUCCACGCUCCUGGCCCGGGCCCUGCGGGCCGAGCCCCUGGUUGUGGGCCUUGCCCUUGCUCACAGCUGCCUCAAUCCCAUGCUCUUCCUGUAUUUCGGGCGGGCUCAGCUUUGCCGGUCGUUGCCAGCCACGUGUCGCUGGGCCCUAAAGGAUUCAUGGAGCCAGGAUGAAACCGUGGUCAGCAAGAAGUCCACCAGCCACGACCUGGUCUCAGAGAUGGAGGUAUAGUCCAGAGGAAAACCAGUUUCCAUCCUCCUAUCCCAUGUCGCAAAUCUGGCCUCAGGCACAGGGAGAUCCAGGGCCUGGAUGAUACUGUCAUUUAUUCCGUUAUUCACUCAACAAACAUUCAUUAUGUACCUGCUAUGUGCAAAGCCCUAUUCUAGGGACUGGGCUGUAGCAGUGACCAAAACAGACACCAAUCCCUGCCCUUGGGAAGCUGACAUUCUUGUAGAAGAAGACAGACAAUAACCAAAGAAAUGAAGAAAUAGGGAAUGUGCCCCUGCGGUAAAGUGAGAUUUGAGGCAAGGUCUGCUGAAGGGAGACAGGAGGCAUGUUUAAGUCUGGAGAAAAGCAUUUCAGGCAGAGAGCACAGCACAUGCAAAGGCCCUGAGGCAGAAUGUGCUUGGCAUACUCCAAAGGAUCAUGAAGAGGCCAGUGUGGAUGGAGCAGAGAGAGCAAGAGGGAGAGUGGUGUGAGAGGAAGCGAGAGAGGUGCGGGGCUGGUUUGGGGGGACAAACUUGGAAAGCCUUCUAGUCCAUAGCAAGGUGUUUGGGGAUCUAUGGCGGUGUCCUGAGCUACUGAGACCAGGUGAAAUACAAAGCACCCGAUUAACUUUGAACUUCAGAUAUACCAUAACCACAAAGAUCUUUGUAGCCUGAGUAAGGCCCAUGCAAUGUUUGACCCAUCGUUAAACUAAAAUAUUGUUGUGGAUCUGA